CCGCGUGAUACCUACUGUGGACGGUAGUGCUGGUGCCUGGCAACGGCAGCGGAGAGAGGGAGAGAGAGAGAACUCGGCAGCGACGCCCUCCCCCUCACAAAAGCCCUCUCCCCCAAUCCACCGCUCGCCGGGAAAUAUCUCGCCCCUCUCCACACGGAAUCCACGCGCCGGGGCCUGCGGGUGAGGAGUAGGAGGAGCGGAUGGAGUCGUCCUCGUCGGGCGGCGGCGCCAGCAAGACGCGGCGGAGCGGCAGCUGGGGCAGCGCGGGCGGCGGCGACCCCUUCGACAUCCCCGGCAAAGGCGCGCCCGUCGAGCGCCUCAAAAAGUGGCGGCAAGCAGCUCUUGUCCUGAAUGCAUCAAGGCGAUUCAGGUACACAUUGGACUUGAAAAAAGAGGCGCAAAAGGAGGAAGUCAUUAGAAAAAUUCGUGCACAAGCUCAUGUUAUCAGGGCCGCAUUCCGUUUCAAAGAAGCAGCUCGAGUCGGUACGACUACAAAGGACGCACCAGAAGCUCAUGCCGAUGGUGCUCUUGGCUUUGGAAUUAAAGAAGACCAGCUUACAGCACUGACCAGAGAUCAUAACUACUCUGCUCUACAGCAGUAUGAAGGGAUUUCAGGGCUAGCAAAUAUGCUAAAGACAGAUACUGACAAGGGGAUCAGUGGAGAGGAGUCUGAUAUUGAUGCGAGAAAGAAUGCAUUCGGGUCGAACACAUACCCUCGCAAGAAAGGAAGAAGCUUUUUGGCCUUUGUGUGGGAUGCUUGUAAAGAUUUGACACUCAUCAUCCUCAUGGUCGCCGCUGCGGUUUCAUUGGCCUUGGGCAUAUAUACAGAGGGGAUAAAAGAAGGGUGGUAUGAUGGGGCCAGCAUUGGUUUUGCUGUACUCCUUGUUAUUUUUGUUACAGCUACCAGUGACUACAAGCAAUCGUUGCAGUUCCAAAACUUGAAUGAGGAGAAACAGAACAUUCAAUUGGAGGUUGUGAGAGGUGGAAGGCGAAUCAAGGUAUCAAUUUUUGAUUUGGUUGUUGGAGAUGUGGUGCCCCUCAAGAUUGGUGACCAGGUACCUGCUGAUGGAGUCCUUAUUAGUGGUCACUCCUUCUCCAUAGAUGAAUCGAGCAUGACUGGCGAAAGCAAAAUAGUAAACAAAGACCAGAAGUCACCGUUUAUGAUGUCCGGUUGCAAAGUUGCCGACGGCUAUGGUACAAUGCUGGUGACCGCUGUUGGUAUUAACACCGAGUGGGGUUUGUUAAUGGCGAGCAUAUCUGAAGACUCUGGUGAAGAAACACCACUACAGGUUCGCUUGAAUGGUGUUGCUACCUUCAUUGGAAUAAUUGGACUUUCUGUUGCUGUUGUUGUUCUCGUUGUCCUCUUGGCCAGGUAUUUCACUGGGCAUACGUACAAUCCGGAUGGCACUCCGCAAUAUGUGAAAGGAAAGAUGGGUGUCGGUGAGACAAUACGUGGAGUAGUUAAAAUCUUCACAGUGGCGGUCACAAUUGUGGUUGUGGCUGUUCCCGAAGGACUACCAUUGGCUGUCACAUUGACGCUCGCCUUUUCGAUGCGCAAAAUGAUGAGGGAUAAAGCUCUGGUCAGGAGACUUUCGGCAUGUGAGACAAUGGGUUCUGCAACAACAAUUUGCAGUGACAAGACUGGGACAUUAACUUUAAAUCAGAUGACUGUUGUUGAGGCAUACUUUGGUGGAGAGAAGAUGGAUCCUCCAGAUAACACUCAGAAGCUAUCUGCUGCUGUAUCAACAAUGAUUAUUGAAGGAAUUGCUCAGAAUACAUCCGGAAGUAUAUUCGAGCCUGAGGGUGGUCAAGCUCCAGAGGUGACUGGAUCGCCGACUGAAAAGGCUAUACUGUCUUGGGGGUUGCAGCUUGGUAUGAAAUUCAGUGAAACAAGAUCGAAAUCCUCCAUUCUUCAAGUCUUCCCAUUCAAUUCAGAAAAAAAGCGAGGCGGCGUCGCAGUCCAAGUGGGUGACUCUGAGGUUCACGUAUACUGGAAAGGAGCUGCUGAACUUAUUUUAGAGUCAUGCACUGGUUGGAUUGACACGGAUGGUUCAAAGCAAUCAAUGACCCCUGAGAAAGUUGGUGAGUUCAAGAAAUUCAUUGAAGACAUGGCUGUUGCUAGCCUUCGCUGCGUCGCCUUUGCUUACAGGCCUUGUGAGAUGAGUGAUGUUCCAAAGGAGGACCAGAGGGCUGACUGGGUAUUACCUGAGGAUAACCUGAUUAUGCUUGGGAUCGUGGGAAUAAAGGAUCCCUGCCGCCCAGGAGUUCAAGAUUCUAUUCGCUUGUGUGCCGCAGCUGGCAUUAAGGUCCGCAUGGUCACUGGAGAUAAUCUUCAAACUGCCAGAGCGAUUGCCUUGGAAUGUGGUAUUCUUACUGAUCCUAACGUAUCAGAGCCAACCAUCAUUGAAGGGAAGACCUUCCGGGAGUUGUCAGAUUUGGAAAGGGAGGAAGUCGCCGACAAAAUCUCUGUUAUGGGGAGGUCUUCACCAAACGAUAAACUUCUACUUGUUAAGGCACUCAGAAACAAAGGUCAUGUUGUUGCUGUAACUGGUGAUGGCACGAACGAUGCCCCAGCACUGCAUGAGGCCGACAUUGGUCUCUCGAUGGGCAUCCAGGGAACUGAAGUUGCCAAGGAGAGUUCUGAUAUUAUUAUCCUGGAUGACAAUUUUGCGACACUCGUGAGGGUUGUCAGAUGGGGACGUUCAGUUUAUGCAAACAUUCAGAAAUUCAUUCAGUUCCAGCUGACUGUCAAUGUUGCAGCCUUGAUAAUUAAUGUAGUUUCUGCUGUCAGUUCUGGUGACGUGCCACUGAAUGCUGUCCAGUUGCUCUGGGUUAAUCUAAUCAUGGACACGCUGGGAGCGCUUGCAUUGGCGACUGAGCCACCAAACAACCAUCUUAUGCAGAGACCACCAGUUGGGCGGAGGGAGCCUUUGAUAACAAAUAUCAUGUGGAGAAACUUGCUCAUAAUGGCUUUCUAUCAAGUUGCAAUCCUCCUUACUCUCACCUUCAAGGGCGUGAGCCUUCUACGGUUGGAACAUGACAACCCAGCGCAUGCUGAAAUUCUGAAAAAUACCUUCAUAUUCAACACAUUUGUUCUCUGCCAAGUGUUCAGUGAGUUCAACGCUCGGAAACCAGAUGAGCUGAAUAUUUUCAAGGGUAUUGCAGGGAACAAACUCUUCAUUGCCAUUAUAGCAAUAACGGUUGUGCUCCAGGUGCUUAUCAUCGAGUUCCUUGGCAAGUUCACGACAACAGUCAGGUUGAGCUGGCAGCUGUGGUUGGUGUCCAUAGGUCUUGCUUUUAUCAGCUGGCCGUUGGCACUCGUGGGAAAGCUUAUCCCUGUUCCAGACCGUCCGUUCUUAGAGAUGUUCUCUUGCUGCUGCCCAGGGAAGAAAGAGGCUGAUGAUGGGAAGGAAGGCAGUGGUGUGAAGCAAAUCGAGGUGGUGUGAAGUGAUGGGCUGACGUUGAGGAGGACCUUUGCAGUUUUUGCUUGGAGCUUUUAACAUGAUCGGGGCUGUAAUUAUCUGGUGAUUUGGAUCUGUAAAUACACUAGGUUUGGAGUGGAUGCUAGGUCUCUCACUUUUGGAGAUUUGCCACGAUAUCUUUUAACAACUACACGCCUGGCCCUGCCCCCUGGUGGCUGACUUGGAAGCUGGAAUUUAGCUUCAAAUGGAUGUUGGGAAGGAGCACUAAUAUCAUCUUCGUGGCAGUGCACUGGGUCUUCGUUUGCACCAUUUCGUUCCGUGAGAUCAGAUAACUUGCAGAGUAGGGCACAUAACUACUAUUUGAAAACCAUUUCGGUUUGUGUUGUCGUUCAAAAUGUAAACAAAUGGAUCAAUCCCGAAGGUGUAACCAUAUCUGACGUACUUGGGGUGCCUUGAUGCUGCUUCA